AUGAAACAGAUAGAAGAAAAUCCCAAAGAAAAGUCGAGAGCAUUAGCUGUUAUCCAUGAUGAUGAGGGAUUUGAUUGGAGUGAGUUGUUACCGGAAGAAGAUGCAGUGGGUUAUGCCUUUAUGACAAAAAUUAUUCCUUUCAAAGAUACCCGAACAGAAGAAGUAAAAUAUGUCAAUGGGAAGAUGUUAGCCCAAUGCAUGAAAGAUAAAAUCUAUCGAACAUGGAAAGAGGCAAAAAGCACAAAAAGAUGGGAUGCUGAUCGGGAAUGCUAUUUGGAUCCUAAAGGAAACAUAGUUGUUGAACCAUCAUCAAUUAGUGUUGAAACUCUCAUCAAGCAAAUAGCAGAAGAGGAAGAAGCAAGACAGAGAAUGUGGUGGGCAAGUAAAGAAGAAGAGAAAGAAAAGGAGCUGCAGUCGAAGAAGGUCGAUGAUGGGAUAAUUGACACGACCAAAGAAAUGACUGCUGAAAAUCUAAAGAAAAUGGCUGAUAAAGUUCUUGCAGCGAAAGAGUUAGAGGUAGAUUCUAAGUCUGGAACUGAGUCAAAGAACAAGGUCAGUUCUAAUGAUUCAACAAAUGAGUCAGGUAAGACUGAUAAAGCCAAAAUUGAAAGUGACUGCAAAAAUUGCAUGAAAGACUACAAAGUUUGUAGCGCACACACUUACCUCAGUGGUAAAAAGAUUGAAGAACUGACAGAAAGAGUCAAAGAAGUUGAAAAUAAGAUCUUAAGUCUUGACAAAUUGGUAAAAGCUUCAAAUGAUCGAAUAAAAGAAUUAACUGAUAAACUUGAAAAAGAUAAAAUUGACGUAGAACGAAUCAGGAAAGAAAAUGAAAAGUUAAUUCAUGAAAACCGUCAACUUUCAGAAAAUUAUGAGAAGCUAAAAAGAACGAUAAAAGAUUCUGAUGAAAGAAACGAUAAAACAACCAAAGAAAAUCUUCAACUGUCAGGAGUACUUCAGUCGAAAGAGAAGCAAAUCAACCAACAGUUAGAUGAGAUUGCUAAUCUGAAGCUUCAUUGUUAUCAUCUGGUAAAAGUUGCCGGAAAUGGAAGAAAGCAAGAAGCAAGUGCAGAAGCAACAACAAAGAGAGUAACAAGAUCGCAAACUGGUAAGAUACCGAAAAAGCGAAAGAAAGUAGAUGAAGAAACAAACGACGAAUGGGAUGAAGAAAGAGAAGAAUGUCACUCAUAUUCUGUUGUCGCCCUCUAA